CCUCCGCUUGCGGGAUCCGCGGGUCCCGACUGUGUCCCUCCGGCCUCUGGGCGGGGCUCGUACGUCAUCUCUCUCCAGGCAGAUCUGCCCCGCGGAGGUUAGCGCCCGGGUGUGAAGCCUCGAGGACUGGACCCCGGCGCCCCCUGGCGGGCGCGGCGAAGGGGCGGGGCUGCAGGCAGCGCGAGGAGCGCUGUCCCGGGUUGGACAGCAGUGCCGCAGGCGGCGAGGAGCGCGGCGCCGGGAUGCUGCGGGCGGGAGCACCCACCGGGGACUUACCCCGGGCCGGAGAAGUCCACACCGGGACAACCAUCAUGGCGGUAGAGUUUGAUGGGGGCGUCGUGGUGGGAUCUGACUCCCGGGUGUCUGCAGGAGAGGCGGUGGUAAACCGAGUGUUUGACAAGCUGUCCCCCCUGCACCAGCACAUCUACUGUGCUCUCUCUGGCUCCGCUGCUGAUGCUCAGGCCAUAGCAGACAUGGCCGCCUACCAGCUGGAGCUCCAUGGAAUGGAACUGGAGGAACCCCCACUCGUUCUGGCUGCUGCAAACGUGGUGAGGAAUAUCAGCUAUAAAUACCGGGAGGACCUGUCUGCACAUCUCAUGGUAGCUGGCUGGGACCAACGCGUAGGGGGCCAGGUAUAUGGAACCAUGGGAGGGAUGCUGAUUCGACAGCCCUUUUCCAUCGGUGGCUCUGGCAGCACCUACAUCUACGGUUACGUGGACGCGGCGUAUAAACCGGGCAUGUCCCCAGAGGAGUGCAGGCGCUUCACCACGAAUGCUAUUGCUCUGGCCAUGAACCGGGACGGCUCCAGUGGGGGCGUCAUCUACCUGGUCACUAUUACAGCCGCUGGUGUGGACCAUCGAGUCAUCUUGGGCAAUGAGCUGCCGAAAUUCUAUGACGAGUGAAUCUUCCUCAGACUUCCCUUCCGUAUUUUGUAAUAAACUUUCUAGGACCAGAA